AUGUCUGAAACCCAAGAAGAGUUUAACCAAUGGGUUUUAGAAAAUGAACCAAUUUUCGCUCUAACUGCAAACCAUACAGGUGGCGAUUUUGUGGCAGAUUCUUCUGUCUUACCUGGUGGUGCUCCAACUACAUCAAACUGGCUCCAACCCGCGCCAGUCCCCUUUGGCUCGUUAUCAUCAGCCCCGAGCUCAGCUUCCACUUUUUCAUCAGCAGAUUCCGCCCCAACUUCCGCUCCAACUUCAGCUCCUACUACAUUGACACCUCCGGAUAAAGUUUCUCUUGUUGAACAAUAUAUUACUUCAGAGGUAUACUCUGGGAAUGAGGAAUUUUCUCUUACAUCUGCUAUUCGAUACGAUCCUGCGCUUUAUGUGCAUCACUAUGCGGCCAACCACACAGUAUCUUCGUCAGACUCUGUAACUACACUUGUUGAUCCUUCAACUUUAUCUUCAUCUCCACCACUUCCUACUACAGCUGAACUUUAUGAACGCGCAUUAAAGGAACUUUACACUUUGAUUGAAGAGCAAAAAAAGGUACCCGAUGAGUGCUUCUUUUUACUUGAACUCCACCAGCAACGACUCCAGUUUGGUGCUGAUUUCUUUAACUGGGACGUGGAAAUUCCUCUUGAUCUUUUACGUUCUGAACUUAAUCGUGCGAUCACUGCAGAAGCUGUAGAUUGGCGACGGCCCUAUAAGAUUCGUGCCUUGGUUGAUAAAACUGGAACCUUGACACUCCAAGUUGCCCCAGCGCCUGUUCGUCCAAACAUAUUUUCUGGUCUCAAAUCCACUCAAGUUUCAGGCAUGGAUCCAGUUUAUGAAGUUUACCUGGACUCCCGAAGCAUUAUGGUUUCGCCCUUUACCUCGUUGAAAACUACUAAACGUGAUAUUUACGACGCCGCCCGAGCCCGCUCACUUAGACCCGGCUCCUCAAACCCACUUCAAGAAGUAAUUUUAUAUAACACGCGUGAUGAAGUCACCGAAGGCUCCAUUUUCAAUCUGGCACUUUAUCGCGAUGGUGCUUGGCGUACUCCUCCACUUGGAACCGGGUGUCUUUGCGGAGUUGUACGCCACCACUUGCUGUCGAAGCAAAUGGUGGUUGAAGAUGAUAUUUCCAUCAAGUCUUUAAGCCACGGCGAACCUGUAUUGUUGUUUAACGGAGUCCAAGGCGUGGUCCGGGGCAUUUUGAAUUUAGAAAGUUGA